GCGCGGCGCACGCGCACUGAGUCCUAGCCGCGGACCGCGCAGACUGAAUAAUAAAAGGGGAGCGGCGAAGAGGCAGGAAGACAGGACCAUGUCGAAGGGCCCCGGGCCCGGCGGCUCCGCAGCUUCCUCGGCGCCCCCGGCCGCUACCGCUCAGGUGCUGCAGGCACAGCCCGAGAAACCGCAGCACUACACGUACCUGAAAGAGUUCCGCACAGAACAGUGCCCACUCUUUGUGCAACACAAAUGCACACAGCAUCGGCCCUACACCUGCUUCCACUGGCACUUUGUGAACCAGCGGCGCCGCCGGUCCAUCCGCCGUCGGGACGGCACCUUCAACUACAGUCCUGACGUCUACUGCACCAAGUACGAUGAGGCUACAGGCCUGUGCCCGGAGGGAGACGAGUGCCCAUUUCUGCACAGGACCACAGGGGACACUGAGCGCAGGUACCACCUUCGUUACUAUAAAACUGGAAUCUGCAUCCACGAGACUGACUCAAAAGGCAACUGUACCAAAAACGGCCUGCACUGCGCUUUUGCUCACGGACCCCAUGACCUCCGUUCCCCUGUCUACGACAUCAGGGAACUCCAGGCCAUGGAAGCCUUACAGAAUGGCCAGACCACAGUGGAGGGCAGCAUAGAGGGCCAGUCGGCUGGGGCUGCGAGCCAUGCCAUGAUAGAAAAAAUCCUCAGUGAGGAGCCUCGGUGGCAAGAAACUGCUUAUGUGCUGGGGAACUAUAAGACGGAGCCGUGCAAGAAGCCCCCUCGGCUGUGCCGCCAGGGCUAUGCCUGUCCCUACUACCACAACAGCAAGGACCGACGGCGGAGCCCCCGGAAGCACAAAUACAGGUCGACUCCAUGUCCAAAUGUCAAACAUGGGGAUGAGUGGGGAGACCCUGGCAAAUGUGAGAAUGGAGAUGCCUGCCAAUAUUGCCACACCCGCACGGAGCAGCAGUUCCAUCCAGAGAUCUACAAAUCCACCAAGUGCAACGACAUGCAACAGUCAGGCAGCUGUCCCCGAGGACCUUUCUGCGCCUUUGCCCACGUAGAACAGCCACCCCUAAGUGACGACCUGCAGCCUUCCUCAGCUGUAUCCAGCCCCACCCAGCCAGGUCCCGUCUUGUACAUGCCAUCUGCUGCCGGAGACUCGGUGCCUGUGAGCCCCUCCAGCCCGCAUGCCCCCGACCUCAGCGCCCUCCUCUGCAGGAGCAGCAGCCUGGGCAGCCCAUCCAACCUCUGUGGCUCCCCACCAGGCCCCAGCCGGAAACCGCCAAACCUGGAGGGCCUGAUCUUCCCUGGGGAAUCCAGCCUUGCCCCUGGCAGCUAUAAGAAAGCUCCUGGCUUUGAGAGGGAAGACCAGGUGGGAGCUGAGUACCUGAAAAAUUUUAAAUGCCAGGCCAAAUUAAAACCCCACUCACUAGAGUCCAGGAGUCAAGAGCAACCUCUGCUUCAACCCAAACAGGACGUGCUGGGCAUCCUCCCUGUGGGCAGCCCCCUGACCUCAAGCAUCUCUUCCAGUAUCACCUCCAGCCUGGCAGCUACUCCCCCCAGCCCUGCGGGCACCAGCAGCACCCCCGGCAUGAAUGCAAAUGCUCUGCCCUUCUAUCCUACCAGCGACACGGUAGAGUCGGUCAUAGAGUCUGCCUUGGAUGACCUGGACCUGAAUGAGUUCGGGGUGGCUGCCCUGGAGAAGACUUUCGAUAACAGCACAGUGCCCCAUCCCAGCAGCAUCACAAUCGGCGGCAGUCUGCUGCAGAGCUCUGCACCUGUGAACAUCCCUGGCUCCUUGGGCAGCUCUGCCUCCUUUCACUCAGCAUCCCCAUCUCCUCCUGUCAGCCUCUCCUCACAUUUCCUGCAGCAGCCUCAGGGCCACCUGAGCCAGUCAGAAAACACAUUUUUGGGAACCUCAGCAUCCCAUGGAUCCUUGGGUCUGAAUGGGAUGAACAGCAGCAUCUGGGAACAUUUUGCCUCCGGAAGCUUCUCCCCGGGUACCUCCCCUGCCUUCCUCUCAGGGCCUGGGGCUGCUGAGCUGGCCCGGUUACGCCAGGAGCUUGAUGAGGCCAAUGGCACCAUCAAGCAGUGGGAGGAGUCCUGGAAGCAGGCCAAGCAGGCUUGUGAUGCCUGGAAGAAGGAGGCAGAGGAGGCCGGUGAGCGGGCCAGUGCUGCAGGUGCAGAGUGUGAGCUGGCCCGGGAGCAACGGGACGCAUUGGAGGUGCGGGUGAAGAAGCUCCAAGAGGAGCUGGAGCGGCUUCACACAGGGCCCGACCCCCAGGCCCUGCCCACCUUCCCCGACCUGGAGGCGCUCUCGCUCUCCACCCUGUACUCCCUCCAGAAGCAGCUGCGGGCCCACCUGGAGCAAGUGGACAAGGUCAGCCCCGGAGGCCAGGAUGCACUGGGCUGUUUUCCACAUGCAGUCAGUGAAAUGCCUUAAGUGUCAGGAGCAGACCCGAGCAGUGCUGCCGUGCCAACAUGCUGUGCUGUGCGAGCUCUGUGCCGAGGGCAGUGAGUGCCCCGUCUGCCAGCCCAGCCGGGCCCACACCCUCCAGUCGUGACGCUGCAGGACUGGCCCAGCCAGGCCCAGAUCUCUCACUAGGACUUUUUAAAGUAUAUAUAUAUAUAUAUAUAUAUAUGUAUGUGUAUAUAUAUGUAUGUAUAUAUAUAUAUGUAUGUAUAUAUAUAUAUGUAUGUAUAUAUAUUAUAUAUGUAUGUAUAUGUAUAUGAUUAUGUACAUGUAUACAUUUCUUUGUGUGUGCAGGUGUGCGUGGUGGCCAGCGUGUGCACAGUGUCUGUGUGUAUAUCUGUACAUAGAUAUAGACACACACUUUAAACAGACUUACCAAGCACUUUUUAAAAAAACUAUUUUGCAGUCCUCCCCAGCCCGCUCCCCACCCAUCCCACUCAGAGACAAAGUCCCCUCUUCUCCCACUGGCCUUUUGGCAGAGAAUGUUUCUGUCUCUUUUUUUAUAUGUAGGAACUAACUAUUUUUAACUUUCUGCUGGGGCCUGAGUGGGGAGGUUGGGAAGCUAGAGGAGGCUGAGGGGAGAGAAGCUUUCAGGGCAGGCCCUGUUCCUCCUGCCUCUCCAGUCCAGGGCUAGCAGGAGGCUGUGGAGGACCCAGUUGCCCGCAGCAUACCUGGUUCCCAGCUGUGAGGGCCUCAGGGAGGCCUGAGGCUGUGCUGGGGUUCUACACCAGCCUAGCUUCUAGGCUUACCAAAUGUGUAUUUAGUUUUAGUGACAACUGCAGGGGCUGGCAGACCGAACGUAUGGGGCCAGCCCCACCCCUGCACCUGGGCCCUUGAAGCCCCUCAAGGGGCAAGGCCCAGUCCUAUCCCUCGGGUUCUUGAGGCCUGGUGUCCCCCUCAGUCCUUUCCUCCUGGACUCCCCAGAACAGCCUCCCUGGCCCCAGGGCCACCUACCAGGUUGGCACUGCCCUCAGCCAUCCCUGCCCCUUCCCCUCUCUGGUGCGGCCACUGUGUCGUCCGCCCCCUCCCUCUGGCAGCUAGCAGGGCAAUUGUUGGGAAGGAGUUUAGCCUGAGGACCAAGGGGGGCACAGACCCUGCCCUCCUUGCCAGGAGGGGCUCCGUAUGCAUUCCUUGGUGCUCUCUGAGUGCAGCUGAUGUCCUGCCGUCCUGGGCAGGCGCCCGUGUGCAUGUGUGUGUGGCUGUCUGAUGUACAUUGUGUCUUAGCUCAAUUUUUAAAUUGUUUUGUACAGAGAGAGAUGCAGUGGGGGCGGGAGGGCGAUGCAGGCUGAGGGAAGCAACCUUGCUCCCAGCACUAGGGCCCAGGUGGGCUUGAGAGGGCUUUGAAGGGUCUGCCCUGGCCCAGGCCCCCUUUUGGGCUCAGCACGAAAGGGCUUUCAGUGAAUCAAGUGAAAACUUCUCCUUUUUUAAAAAAAAAAUGCAAAAAUCAAUAGAGCAAACCUAUUGGAAAUAAACUAUGAACUUGG